UCUUGCCUCCUCAGCAUUCAAUUCAAACAGAUUCACACAUUCACUAGGUGAAACUCAAUACAUUUUCUCUCACUUUCUCUCCCAAGAAUUUGUCAUUCAAAGAGAGAGGAAAAUAGAGAUGAAGAUGAUGAGCAGCAACAAUAUUGGAGGAAACAAGAGAAGGAUUUCAAGCAGAGGACUAGGAGGAGUCCUUAGAGAGCAAAGAGCUAGGCUCUACAUAAUAAGGAGAUGCGUGGUCAUGCUCCUUUGCUGGCAUGAAUGAAUUCUACGGCGGCUACGGCGGCGGCGACGACAACGACGACGAAGAAAUUCUCUUUCUUAAUUUUUAUUUUCUCUACUUGGAGUGUAAAUAGUUAUGGCGGAUCUUAUUAGGGAGUUAAAACAAAUUUUGUGCUAGUUGGUGGACUUGGGGGUUUGAUGUAAAUCAGAUAGCUUGAAUUCAGAAUAUGAUUUUGAUUAAACAAA